UCAUUUGGUGUUCGGGUCCGCAUACUUUGGCACUGGAACAUUACCUAUACAUUUAGACGAUGUCAAAUGUACAGGAACUGAACCAAUCUUAUCUCAAUGUCAACAUAAAGGCUGGGGAAAACAUGAUUGUGAACACAAUAACGAUGUUGGCAUUUCAUGUACACCAGUUCGAUUGGUUAACGGGUCAAAUCAAUAUGAAGGGAGACUAGAAGUAUGGCAUGAUGGGUCUUGGGAAACAGUAUGCGAUGAUGGAUUUGACACGCUAUCAGCAAGUGUUGUUUGUAGGAUGCUUCACUUUCAGCAGUCGCAUCCUUUGGUAUUCGAGUCUUCGUACUUCGGAACUGGAGCAUUACCAAUAUUUUUCGACGAUUUUAAAUGUGCAGGAACUGAAACAAGUUUAUUUCAAUGUCGCCAUAAUGGUUUGAGAACACAUGUCUGCAAUCACAAUGACGAUGUGGGUAUAUCAUGUACACCAGUUCGACUAGUUAACGGGUCGCAUCAAUAUGAAGGGAGACUGGAAGUAUGGCAUAAUGGAUCUUGGGGAACAGUUUGCGAUGAUCAGUUUCAAGUGCUGUCAGCAACUGUUGUUUGUAAAAUGCUUCAUUAUCCUAGGACGAAUCCUCUGGUAUUCGCGGAAGCACACUUUGGCGCAGGUACAUCCCCAAUACAUUUAGACAAUGUAAAAUGUAGAGGAACUGAAACUAGCUUACUUCAAUGCUCACAUGGAGGUUGGGGAAAACAUAAUUGUGUCCACAAUGAAGAUGUUGGCAUAUCAUGUACCCCGGUUCGAUUGGUUAACGGGUCAAAUGAAUAUGAAGGGAGACUAGAAGUAUGGCAUGGUCGGUCUUGGGGAACAGUAUGCGAUGAUGAGUUUGAUACACUGUCAGCAACUGUUGUCUGUAUGAUGCUAAAUUAUCAACAGACGAAUCCUUUGGUGUUCGGGUCCGCAUACUUCGGAGCUGGAACAUUACCUAUACAUUUAGAUGAUGUCAAAUGUACGGGAAAUGAAACAACCUUAUAUCAGUGCCAGCAUAAUAAUUGGGGAGCACAUGAUUGUUAUCACAAUGACGAUGUUGGCAUAUCAUGUACACCAGUUCGAUUGGUGAACGGUUCAAAUCAAUAUGAAGGGAGACUGGAAGUAUGGCAUAAAGGGUCAUGGGGAACAGUAUGCGAUGAUAAGUUUGAUGCGAUGUCAGCAACUGUUGUUUGUGGGAUGCUACAUUAUCAACAGACUAAUCCUUUCGUAUUUGGAUCCGCAUAUUUCGGCGCUGGAGCAUUACCGAUACAUUUAGACGAAGUAAAAUGUAAGGGAACUGAGACAAGCUUAACUCAAUGUCAACAUAAAGGUUCGGGGAAACAUGAUUGUGAUCACAAUGACGAUGUUGGCAUUUCAUGUACACCAGUUCGAUUGGUUAACGGAUCGAAUCAAUAUGAAGGGAGACUAGAAGUAUGGCAUGAUGGGGCAUGGGGAACAGUAUGUGAUGAUGGGUUUGAUGUGCUGUCAGCAACUGUUGUUUGUAGGAUGCUAAACUAUCCACAGACUAAACCUCUGGUAUUUGGUUCCGCACACUUUGGCGCUGGACAAUUAUCAAUACAUUUAGACGAUGUCAAAUGUACGGGAAAUGAAACAACCUUAUCUCAAUGCCACCAUAACGAAUGGGGAACACAUGCUUGUUAUCAUAAAAACGAUGUUGGCAUUUCAUGUACACCAGUCCGAUUGGUUAACGGAUCAAACCAAAUUGAAGGAAGACUGGAAGUAUGGUAUAAUGGGAAUUGGGGAACAGUUUGCGAUGAUGGGUUUGGUGCGCUGUCAGCUAGUGUUGUUUGUAAGAUGCUUCAUUAUCCAGGGACCAAUCCUCUAGUAUUUGAGAAGGCACACUUUGGCGCUGGGUUAUUAUUGCCAAUAUAUUUAGACGACGUUAGAUGUACGGGAACUGAAACAGUCUUAUCUCAAUGUUCGCAUAUAGGUUGGGGAAAUCAUAAUUGUGCUCACAGUGAAGAUGUCGGCAUAUUGUGUAAAUGAAAUAAUAGUUCUUAAUACAAAAUAAUUCGUAUAUUUUACGUGCUAAAACAAGUUG